UUCAUAAUGCAGGCAGGCCAAGGGGACAGGCAGCGGCACCUCACCUCGUCAGGGCAAAGUUUGCAUGCCAUCAUCAUCAUCAUUUAAUUACAGUCCGUACUCCGUACGUGUUCGUUAGUUAAAUAAUCUAUAUGGACGUGUCCUUUUUGUCGAGAAGAGCCAAUAUCGGGGAUUCGAGGUGUGUCUUCCCCGCACUAACAUAAUAAUAAUAAUAAUACUUCGUAUAUACGUAGUAGUUAGUAUUAUUAUUGGCUAUUCUGAAUAACAGACCCAUUGGAGCUGACUCGACCCUGGUAGAAAUAGUUAGAUUGAUUUCUCGGAAAGGUUGAACAUUCUCCGGAGGCUUAAAAAGGAGGCUCAAACAAGCGACAACAAGCUAGUGGAAGCUAUGGAGAGCGUCAUGUGAUGUAUGCUAUGGAGUGUUUGUUUUUGUUUGUUCCCCUCAGAACGCUUCACAUCAUCUCAUCUGUUUACGGAUUAUCCAGACUACUAACUAUGCAAUCAUAUCUUACAAGUCCAGCGUGCUCCAAUCUAUGAGGUUUAAGGGCCGCACAAAAUAUGUAGCAGCGGGCAAGGUCACAGAAAUAUAGAACGCGGUGUACGGGGUACUUCUACAUACAUCGCGUAUAUCUCAUCCCCCGGAAACGCUUGCCAGCGUGCCAAGGUCCAUCCUUUGGUUCGAUAGCCUGUAUCAAUCUGCUGCGUCUUAUGUAUUUCCAGGUGAUAAAAACUACGCACGACGCCGUACGGCCGGCCGUGUGGACAGCAGCUUGUUUCUGCAGACCAUCCACUCCCCAAUCCCACCAGACCAGCCGUCUGGCCACGAGCACACCGGUGCACAACUCAACCGCUUCGGGGCCUGUUCCCCAGUUCCUUUUGUUUCUCUCUUCUUUUUCAGCCCACCCCGCCCCCAUUUCCCCUCCCUCCCGCCUCUUUCCCCAUUCUCCCCCUCCACCCAGAGAAAUAAGAAUGGGUUUCUUCCCCCCAAGCACCAGACCGUGAUAGCUCUCUUUUCAUCACCACGUCUCCUCUCUAUCCUACCAGCACCUUAUUGUCGCCAUCGUUAUCGUCAUCGUCUUCCCUCGCCCUCGCCUCCUGAGCCAGCUAGUUGCCGCUGGAACGAAAACGGUGGAAUACCCGGAGCUGGUCAUCGAUUGAGUUGACAAGGAAGGGCUCUCAUCAAUUAAGUGAUUAACUUGACUUCGUUUUUUUUUAACGCUGCUGCAUCGUUAGGUUUUUCAGCUCAGUCUAGCCAUACCCACGAGACCAAUUGGCUUUCAGGAGAGCUUCAAAACUUACGGCGUAAUAACACUGUUAUUUUCCAAAGUGGAUACAAAUUUCGGCUGUGUCGAGCUUAGAAAUACUCCUCACUUUCUAGUCGUUGCGAUUAUCAUUCCUCCCGGGAGGUGAAACCCGACCUCUUGAGCGUCUCCACGAACAAUCACAUCUACCUCGAGCCCUGUUACCCUAAGUCGCUGAGGGGAAUCCACGUGUGAAAGAACUUUCUAUUUGUUUGGUUACGAUGACUGCAAACGGUGCAAUCCAAGUUUCUCAAACUCCAGACGACGUUUAUCGAGUUGCCCUAUUGAAAAACAGACAAUGGGCAACCAAAACCGCAAUGGACGACCCAGCCCUCUUCCCCAAACUAGCAACGGGUCAACACCCAGAAAUCCUCUGGAUCGGCUGCUCCGACUCUAGAUGCCCUGAAACAGCCAUCCUCGGCCUGCAACCCGGCGACGUCUUCGUCCACCGUAACAUCGCCAACGUAAUCCAUUACAACGACAUGAGCUCCUCCUCCGUCAUCGAAUACGCAGUCGUGUAUCUGCAAGUCAAGCACAUCGUGUUAUGCGGCCACACAUCUUGCGGUGGCAUUUCCGCCGCGCUCGCGAAUAAGCGGCUAGGCAUCCUGGAUACCUGGCUCAUGCCCCUCCGCCACCUUCGCGAGCAGAACAUAGGGCUCCUCAAUAGUCUGAGUUCCCAAGAGGCAGCGCAGAAGCUGGCGGAGAUCAAUGUGCGCCAGGGCCUGCGCACGCUGAAGGAAAAUAGUGUCGUCCUGGAUGCGAUUGAGGAGCGCGGGCUGGAGCUUCAUGGGGUUUUGUAUGAUGUUGCGAAUGGGAUUUUAAGGGAGUUGGAUACAGACGAGCCGAAAGAUGUUAUCCAUGCGCGGAUUCACUCCUUCAAGACAUUUAAGGCUGAGGCUGUGCGUUAGGGGGGGAACUGUUCAGCGAAGGCUGGGAGGCUUUGGUUUGACUUAGAGGUUUUUUAAUCUGUUUUCUUUUCAUCUGCGGGCCCCCUUUUUACCCCUUGGGUUGGAAUUUUUCAUAUUUGGUGUUGAUAGGAAUGGUUUCGGCUUUGGGAUUUUUCUACUAUUUCUUUUCAAUUUCUUAAAUUUUUUUAAAUUUUUAAUUUUUAAAUUUGUUUUUUAUGAUGCUGGCUUACAUCUCGAAAAACAAAACAAACUCCAACCAGUUAUUUCUAUAAGAGAAGCUUGAUCAUGAUUAUAGUUGAAUAUAAUGUAAUUCACAUAAACAUCUUUUCAUUCUAUCAAAUCAAGUUUCAAAUAUUUGGUAAAGAAAUGUUUUAAUCUUGAUUUAAAUUAUUCUGAUCAUUUCUCACUCAUCUGUGAUAUACUCUCAUACUACUGGCGCACUCUCACCAUCAUCUCCUACUCUUGAUCAGUGACUGACUGAGUGUAUAGAGCUUUGAUGACAUGUGUAUCUGUGGUUUUUUUUUGGGGGGGGGGGGGGAUUAUAGCAAGCGGGAAUGAGCUGUAUAUGCACAAAGGGGUCGUGGGGACAAAAAAUGUCAUACGUCAAUUUGAUCAAAAUAAUUUAUUUUUCUCCCCCCCCCCCCCCAAAUUCGCUACGAUGCCGUA